UGCACCACCAAACAAAACUGAAAAGCCAGCUGUUGCUAUCGUUUUCACUUUUUUCUUAACAAACUCACUUAUUCCAUUGCAUUGAUAAUAAAUAUAUCCUGCCAUUUCGUCUCUUGUUGACAUUCAGACUUGAAGGAGUUGCCGUUUUUCGAGAUGUUUAGUCCUGAUUUAUAACCUUGUUCAUGUUGCAUUAAUUAGUUUUCAUUGUUUCAUCAUUUAUGGACCAAGACAUUUAAGCAGCCAUUCUUGUCUUGUCUUAGCUCCUGCUUUAGCUUAAGAAAUCAUCGAUAGAACAUCCUCAACAUAAGAUCACCAGAAGAUGGGAGAUAUAUUGCCGCAUAAAUAUGGUUGCUGCUUAGUAUUCUGGAGACGCGGAACAACCUCGGAGACUUCUACUCCCAUUGCCAAAAUCAAUGACAACAAUUUUGUGAAGGAACCGAACCCAAAAAACAUGAAAAGGUAUGGAGGUGGCUCCAAAGAUGCAUCUUCGGUGCCAACAACUACGUCCAAAGCCCAGGAUUAUUCAUCACGUUCUAACUCCUCCAAGCCUCAUCAAUACAAGCCAACUCUUGCUGUGACCGAAAAUAAAGUACGAGGCACAUCAAGAGUUUCACCUGCUGAGGGCUAUGUCACUCAAGGAAAGAGGGUGCCCCAAGAAGCCGUUGGCAUAUCUGGCGAGCUCGAAAGAAUGAUCAUGGAUCACCACAAGUCCAAUGGAAGCAGUACCCUUGUUAGAGCUUCAUCAAGCAAUGUCAUGCUGGCUGGUGAUUUAGGUAACCUGAGGCAACAGAGUACCAAUUCAAGCAAUAGUGCUGUGGGCAAACAUAUUAGGCAAGAAAACCCAGACCCGGUUGCUUAUAACGGAAGAAACACAAAUCCUACGGAGCAAAAUGUGGCCAGAAUAGAAAAGAAAGACUCUGCUUCUUUUUGCAGAGCACUAUCUAUUAGAAUGGAUCCAGAGCAGUUGAAGAUCAUGGGAAAUGAAGAUUACAAGAAUGGGAGGUUUGAAGAGGCUUUAGCUUUGUAUGAUGCUGCGAUUGCGCUUGAUCCGAAUAAGGCAUCGUAUAGGAGCAACAGAAGUGCAGCAUUAACUGCACGUGGUAGGCUCUUGGAAGCUGUGUUUGAGUGUAGAGAAGCCAUCCAAAUAGAGCCUCAUUACCAUAGAGCUCAUCAUCGAUUGGGAAACUUGUACACAAGAUUAGGGGAAACAGAUAAGGCCCUUUAUCAUUAUAAACAUGCAGGACCUGAGGUUAAUCCAGAAGAGAUUGCAAGAGCAAAGAAUCUUCAGCUCCAGCUAAACAAGUGCACCGAGGCUCGCAGGUUAGGAGAUUGGAACAACCUCAUCAAGGAGACUAAUAACGCUAUAUCAUGCGGUGCAGAUUCCGCUCCACAGAUAUUUGCAUUGCAAGCAGAAGCAUUUUUAAAGCUCCGAAGGCAUCAAGAUGCAGACGAAGCAAUGUCAAAGGGUCCAAAGUUUAAAGUUGAGGAUUGUACCAAGUUCUUUGGAGCCAUAAGCAAUGCAAAUUUGUUGGUGACUCGGGCUCAAGUUGAUUUGGUUGCUGGCAGGUUAGUGUCUUAAAACAAGUAGAGUGGUCAGUGGUGAAUAUUGAUUUUUAAGUGCUUAAUGGCUUAAGUGUUGGGCAGAUUUGAAGCUGCAUUAGAAGCAGUUCAAGAAGCAGGUAGGCUAGACUCAAAUAACAGGGAGGUUAGCAAAGUGAUGAGGAAGGCGAAAGGCAUGGCAGCUGCAAGAUCAAACGGCAACAACCUUUUCAAGGAAUCGAAAUUCUCCGAGGCUUGUGCUGCCUAUGAAGAGGGUCUUGCCCAUGAUCCUUAUAACUCGGUUUUGCUAUGCAACCGAGCUGCUUGUAGAGCAAACUUAGCUCAAUACGACAAAGCUGUGGAAGAUUGUACGGCUGCUCUUAGUUUGCGCCCAUCUUACACCAAGGCCAGGUUGAGAAGAGCUAAUUGUAAUGCAAAGGUAUUCAAUUUCCUAAACUUCAAUUUCCAUGUUUUUUAUAAAAAAAAAAAAGAAGAGAAAUUGAACUGUGAUAUAUUUAUGGUGAAAUUGCAGUUGAAAAAAUGGGAAGCUGCAAUACAAGACUAUGAAAUAUUGGUAAAAGAGACACCGGAAGAUGAGGAAGUAAGCAGGGCUUUGUUGGAGGCCAAAGAGCAACUCAGUAAAAAGUAAUUAGCCAGGGCCUUACUUGUAUGGUAUAGUUUAGAUGAGAAGAUAGUUAGAGAAACAGCUACCUCCAAUAUAUGGAGGAAUUGCAUCAUUAAUGUCCAAAGAUUAGGGCCGAUUUGUUUAUGGACUAGUAUACAUUUGAUUUGUUUGUUUGUUAAAUUCGUAAUUUGUAAAUAGUAAAUUGAAUGAAUAAUAUUCGUACAAGCUUGUACAUUUUUUCCCCUUAGUCACAUGCAAAUUAUUAAAUAAUUAUGUUACGUUGAGACCCUAAAUCUCGCGGGGGUAUGUCUUUCACAUUUUCUAAUGUGCCACUGCGACCGCGAGAUUCACAUGUGACAGGCCUAACAUGAAGAACUGGUUCAAUUAAAUAUUUAGGUGAUUGGAUUUUCAAAAUGGAAGCAAUAGUAAUUAGGUUGAUUUGGAUCUCUACAUUCCUUGCAUCAAUAUAUUGACUUUGACACCUAAUUGCUUGGAGUAAGAUCCAUGGGGGGUAAUGCAGAUAACAAGUAUUAGGGUUUAUCCUCCCGCGCAGCGAUGUGAUCACCACGUAGCCAGCCUGCCAUAUUUUGAAUACAACAUUAUCGAGAGAGAUGAGAUCUACCACUUUCGUUAUUGUUCGUAUAAAAGAAUUUAUGAUUUGUACCAUAAAAAGACUCACAAAAAGAUCAUUUUUCAUUUCAUUAUUAUUAGGCAACAUUACAAAGACUCGCAAAACAGUAGAGUGUUGCCUAAAGGAAAAGCUCUCAAAGUUGCCCCGAAGCAUUCAAGCAUUACAA